AUGCACCUUUGGUGUACUGCGUCUUUCACAAAGAACCAGCGAAGAUCCAUCCAGCGGUUCGAAUUCUUCGCUCCACGCUUUGACAUUAGGGUCUGGGUAUUCAUGUUGUCGGUGGAUGAAGCUUGGACUGUGGCCGAUUCGAAUUUCUGGGAACUUCUUUCUGUGAAGACUGAGCUUGGACAGCUGCCUAGGUAG